CCUGUCAGUGUCCAUCAGUGCCAGUAGUCAGUGCUCAUCAGUGCCACGUGCCAGUGCCCAUCAGUGCCACAUCAAUGCCACCCAUCAGUGUCAGUCAGUGCCACCUAUCAAUGGCAAUCAGUGCCACCUAUCAGUGCCAGUCAGUGCCGUCUAUCAGUGCCAGUCAGUGCCGCCUAUCAGUGCCAGUCAGUGCCGCCUAUCAGUGCCAGUCAGUGCUGCCUAUCAGUGCCAGUCAGUGCUGCCUAUCAGUGCUAGUCAGUGCCGCCUAUCAGUGCCAUAUAUCAGUGCCAUAUAUCAGUGUCAUGUAACAGUGCUGCCUUUCAGUGCCCAUCAGUGAUGCCUGUCAAUGCCCAUCAGUGCAACCUACCACUGCCUCCUCAUCAGUGCCACCUAUCAGUGUCCAUCAGUGCAGCCUAUCAG